CUCGCAAGCAGUGUGACCAAAUAUACCGCCAUAUACCGAUGUAUCGUAAAUAUCGAAGUCCUGCUCAGCUCUAGUCCAGCCCAACUUCGCAACAACACAAAUUUGUUAAAUGUGGAAAAAAACAGGAUGUCUGGCUAUGGCAGCAAAUUGGAAUGCAAGAAGCGCCUGACCGAGGACGAAGCGAUGCAAAUGAUCUACCAUGCAGCGCCCACCAACAAACAGCCAGCUCAGAAUCGUCUGAAGCGCUUGCAGACGAACUUGAAGCGAGUGCAGGACAAGAAAGCGAGCAAGGACAAGCCGGACAAGGACAGUAAGAGAAGCAAUCAAAAUGCCUCCACGUCAGCCUCCCAGACAACCAGCAGUGCAGCAACUUCAGGCGCCUCACAUGGUCGCAGGUCCUUGACCUUCGCCACGGCGCUGACACCAGAAACAUCACGCUCCUCACAGAGUAGCAAGUCGCUGACACCAGAGACGCCACGCACCUCACAAAGUCGCAGAUCAAAUGCCUUUGCACCGUCGCCAUCGCCGUUGACAUCAGAGACGCCACGGUUCUCACAGAGUCGCCGAUCAAAUGCCUUUACACCGUCGCCAUUGUCGCUGACACCAGCGAAGUCUAUACGCGAGCGCCUCAGGGAUCAGGCGAAGACCUGGCAGAAACCCAAGGCGCUUCUGGAUUCCAGCAAUCGUCUCCAAUCGGGUAGCUCGACAAGUGCCAACCAGCGACUAACGCAAUUGCGAGCUUCCUUGGGGCAACAGGCGAAGCAGGAGACCAAGGAGCGCAACAACAACGACUGUCCAAUACUGCCACCAGCUAUACCGAAUGCAUUUAUGGGCAAAAAGGCAAAGCGAGCAGAACCCGAGCCAGAGCCGGAGUCGGAGCCAGAGCCGAUGGACUGGGAAGACUGUGAUCUGGUAAUACUAAACCGGAAAUCGGAGGACGGCGAGUUGAAUGAACUGCCCGCCCGUCGCUUGGAGCACAUGUACUUUGUACUCGACACAAAUGUGCUCAUGCACAACUGCUCAUUUGUGGAGGAUCUCACGAAAGUUGUGCUGCCUGGCACCGUGGGCAGCAUGCUGUUCAUACCGUACAUAGUGAUCAAGGAGCUGGACAGGCUCAAGGUCAGGCAGAACGAUGACAAUAUGAGACGCGAGAUGGCUGUUCGUGCCAUUCGCUUUCUAAACACCAAAUUUGAUGAGAGUCUUGAAAUCCAAGCUCAAUCAGCCUUGGAGGAGUCGGAGCACCUAAUUGAAGUGGAUUGUGGCGAUGAUAGCAUUGUCAACUGCUGCCUACAGCUACAAAGAGAGGUGCCACACAUGAUGCUGCUGACAAAUGAUGCCAAUUUACGCCUGAAGGCCAAGUCCUCGGCCAUACCGGUAUCCACGCACUCCGACCUGAAGGCCGCCCAUCCCGAUGAGUUUGCAGCUCUCGAGUAAGUGGUACGAGUCGCACGAGUGACGAGGAACACCAAAGACUGUGUUUGUGAUAGGAUUCAACCGAAGCCUGUAUGCCAUACGAGUGUAUACAAAAGUCAAGCCACUGCACCGCGGCCAACAUGAAGUACAACCCCAAAACAAUAUCAAAAUAAUUAUAUUUAGAUGUACAUAUGUGUAUAUAUAUACCAGUUAAUAGCCACCCACCAGUGAUGUUCACCACAUGGAAAAGUUUACGUGGCCUUUGUCGAACGGAAGACUAUUUUUGAUACUGAAAUAAAGUGAAGUAAUGAAAUCUGAGAUAAAGCCCCAUAAAAAGGAAAGGCAGUGCAGUGUAAC